UCCAGAUACAUGCAAAGAGGUGCAGAGGCAGUGCAUGCCGCUAAUCCAAACGUCCUUGUUAUACUUUCCGGCCUAAGUUUCGACAAUGAUCUGAGCUUCCUUUCAAAUAAGCAGGUUCAGCUAAGCUUUCCUUCAAAGCUUGUAUUUGAGCUGCAUUGGUAUGCCUUCUCUAAUGGAAAUGCUUGGCAAAGUGGCAGCCCAAACCAAGUCUGUGGCUCCAUUUCAUCUAGCGUCAUGAGAAGGGCGGGAUUCCUAGUGAGCCAGGGCUGGCCCCUCUUCAUAAGUGAGUUCGGAAUUGAUCAAAGAGGCACAAACACCAAUGACAACCGCUACUUUGGUUGCUUUCUUGGCUUGGCGGCUGAACUUGAUGUAGACUGGGCGCUUUGGACUCUGCAAGGAAGCUACUAUCUUAGAGAAGGCGUGGUGGGCAUGGAAGAGUUUUAUGGUUCGCUAUCUUACGAUUGGAGCAGGCAAAGGAACUCUUCCUUUUUGCAAAGGAUAUCAACUCUGCAAUCUCCUUUUCAAGGUAAAAUUGUGAUUUCUAUGCUAUUUGGUUUGCUGUCAUUUGCUAUGGUUAUGAUUUUGAUUUGCGAAAAUUAGUUAUUUGAUUAAUAACAAUGCAUUAUAU